AUGAUUAAGGGACCGGUUGCAGUAGAUGCCGGCAGGACGCGUGGCCGAAGACACCUUCUUCACAAGAAGAAGAGAGGAGCAGAAGAUGACAUCCCAAUUGAUGUAGAUGUGAUGCCACAGGAUAUUGAUGAAGACGCCGAGCAGCUAAAUGAGACAGUUAAGAAAAUGGAAUUAUCUCAGCAAGUGAUCUACUGGAAGAGCAUCGCAUCAAUGAACAAAGCAUUACAUCGUGAUAACGAUAAUAAAUUCAAGGGUAUGAUUGCUGCCGACCGUGUAAAGAUAAGUGCUCUUUAUGUGAAGGUGGCUAAGUUGUUUGCUCAAAAUAGAAGGCUGAGAGAGGAACUAAGCGAAGCACGAUCCAGAACCCUCUCUAUAUAUAAGGAAAAGAGGCCUACGGGAUUGGUGUCUGGUUCAUUGAUGGAGCUGCAAACUUGUACAGGUUACAGAUUUAUUGCCAAGGAGAGUGAAGAUGCUCCGCUAGGGGAAGUACCUCCACCAGAGGACUAUCGUAUUGAUGCGGCUUUUAAAGAAGAAAUAAACGAGGGAGAGAAUGUGUCCAAGCCAGUGAAGGAACUGCUAACUUGUACAGACACUCUAAGAGAGGACACUGGAAGGAAAAUAAAGCAAUCAGAGGAUGCUCCUCCACCAGCACCUGACACAUCAACUGAGGACGAAGAUGCUCCUCUUAGGUUUUCAAAGAAUUUGAAUAAGAGAAAGAGGGGUGCAAAGGGGGAACGCGAGAAGGUGUUCGCUGUUGCACCCCUUAAAGGGAAGAGAUUGUUAUUAAAGCGUACACCGGACCAGUGGGGUCUAUUACCCGGCUUGAGAUCCUCAAUAUAUUACGCAGUGGGUGACUGGAUAAUGCAGGGGGAUCAUUGGCAUCUACUGGAGUUUGAUUUCAAAAAUGAUAUUGCCAGGCAUUACGACUCCUUAAAGGAGAGAUCUGGACAUUGGGAGCUUGUGCUUAAUAUUGUUAAAGCAUUCAACUACAUUAAAGCUGACUUUGAUGAGAACCAAUUGUGCAGCGUAUUCGACCCAUCAAAGUUCCAUGCGAGGAGCAAAAGGGAUCUCCAUCAGAAACCUCUCCUUCAGCUGGCCACCUCCCUCAAGCCUUCACCUCCCUUCUCCCUCCUCCGCACCUCUUCCCUUCCUCCCCCUCUCCUCAUCCCUCUCUCCUCCCUCCUCUUCCUCCUCUCCCCCUCCUCCGCCUCCCCGAAACCCCACUCCCUCCUCCUCUCCCUCGGCCUCCACCUCCACCCCUCCCUCCUCCCCCUCCUCCUUACUUCCUACUCCUCCUCCUCCCUCCUCUCCCAUGCCCACCUCGCCGUCAUCGACUCCUUCGAUGUACUGUCGUGGAACACCCUCAUCUCCCUCUGCCUCAAAUCCUCCUUCCCCAAGAACUCCCUUGACAUUUUCGAUGAAAUGCUCCGAAAGGGCAUCGACCCCGAUCCCUUCACCUACCCGACCGUCCUUAAGGCUUGCGCGCAAACCAAGGACUUGGGUCUUGGGAGAAGGGUUCAUGAAUUGUACAUCGAAUCUGGGUUGGAUUGGAAUGUGUUUGUUUUCAAUGCUUUGGUUGACAUGUACGCCAAAUGUGGAGAGUUGGAGGUUGCAAGGGAAGUGUUUGAUGGAAUGCAUGUUAGAGAUUCAGUUUCAUGGAAUGCGAUGAUUUCAGGGUAUGCUUCGAGGGGACUGAGGAAGGAAGCGCUGGAGUUGUUUGAUAGGAUGCGAGCGGAGGGGGCGGAGGCAAAUUGUAUUACUUGGAACACGGUUGCUAAUAUCAGACUGAAGAUGGGGCAACCGAGAGAAGCGUUGCGAUUGAUAUCGCAGAUGAGUUGGAAUGGGCUAGCGUUGGAUCUUGCGACUAUGGUCGUCGGUCUGAAUGCGUGCUCACAGAUUAGGUCAGUGAAAUUGGGGAAGGAGAUUCAUGGUGUGGUGAUUCGGAGCCAUUGCGAUGGAUCAGAGACCGUAACAAAUACCUUAAUUGUGAUGUACUCGAGAUGCAAUGAUAAUGCUGAGCUCGCCCACCUUCUGUUUCAGAGGACUAGGGUUCGCAGUCUGAUCACGUGGAAUGCAAUGCUUGCGGGUUUCGCCAUCCAUGACAAGGCCGAGGAGGCCUCAAUAGUCUUUCGUGACUUAGUCUGGUCAGGAAACGAGCCAAACUACGUUACCAUUGUCACACUCUCCUCUCUCUGCGCUCGCGUCGCAAAUCUUCAGCAUGGGCGUGAACUGCACUCCUUCAUAACUAAGCGAGGAUUCGAGGACUACUUAUUGAUAUGGAACUCUCUCGUCGAUAUGUACUCAAAGGCAGGGAAAAUAUCAGUGGCACAAGCAGUUUUCGACACAAUGACUGAUCGAGACCAAGUAUCUUAUACCUCACUCAUCUCUGGGUAUGGAGUUCAAGGGGAGGGAAUGAAGGCGGUGCAGCUAUUCAAUGACAUGAUUUCCUCUAACAUUCAACCUGAUGUGAUAGCCAUGGUGGCCGUACUUACAGCCUGUAGUCAUUCUGGGCUUGUAAAAGAAGGCCAAGAUCUGUUCGACAAAAUGUCAACAACUUACGGAAUAAACCCUAGAAUGGAGCAUUACUCUUGUUUAGUUGAUCUAUACGCACGAGCAGGGUUAUUGGAGGAGGCCGAGGAUAUACUGCGUAAAAUGCCAACUCGGCCCAGCGCAGCAAUCUGGGCCGCAUUACUAAACGCAUGUUCGGUGCACAGGAAUACAGAGGUGGGAGAGAGGGUGGCGAAUAAGCUUUUGGAGAUGAAGACAGAGAAUGCAGGGCAUUAUGUGCUGAUAGCUAAUAUGUACGCCGCCGCAGGGUUGUGGAAGGAGCUGGCAGAGGUAAGAAUGGUGAUGAGGGAUCGAGGAGUGAGGAAAGCUCCGGGUGUGGCAUGGGUUGAUAUCGGAAAAGGGUUCCGGCCGUUCUCAGUUGGGGACCGGUCAAGCCCUCUUGCACCGGAGAUUUAUACGGCCUUGGAGGGUCUGAUUGAGCAGAUGAGAGAUGUUGGGCAUGUGGACAAUGUGUUAGGGUUUGAAGAGGAAUUUGGAUGUGUACAGAGUCCAGAGAACCAAAAUUUUGAGUUAUACCAUGAGGAGAUUGGUGUAGCUGUAUGAAAAUUAUUACUGUGUUUCAAUAACUUAUAUUGGAAGAAAAUGGUUCAUAGUUUAGUAAAUCCUCAUUAUACAAGUGUUACAUACAUUACACGUGCACAUGUCACAUGCUUUUU